AUGAUGAACAUGGGAAUGAAAAACCAAACAGAGAUUACAGAAUUCAUCCUUCUGGGAUUUGGAGAUCUUCGGAGUCUUCGGAUUCCUCUGUUCCUGCUUCUCUUAAUAAUUUAUCUUGUGACAAUGACUGGGAACCUUCUCAUAGUUGUACUCAUUGUAAAUGACAGACAUCUUCACAGUCCUAUGUAUUUCUUCUUAGGAAAUUUGUCUUGCCUAGAAUUUUGCUAUAGUUCAACAAUCCUUCCCAGAAUACUGGCCAGUUUCCUAUCAAGCAAAACUACUAUUUUCAUUAGGAUCUGCAUCAUACAAUAUUUUUUCUUUGGUGGCUUGGCUGGCACAGAAUGUUAUCUUCUAUCUGUGAUGUCUUAUGACCGUUAUUUGGCAAUAUGCAAACCCCUGCAUUAUGGCAUACUCAUGAAUAGCAAGCGCUGUCAACAUCUGGCAUGGGGGUCUUGGUUCAAUGGCUUUCUUGCUAGUGCCAUGGUAACAUUGUUGAUGUCACAGUUAAUUUUCUGUGGUCCAAAUGUAAUCAACCAUUUCUUCUGUGAUUCAUCCCCAAUUUUAAAGCUCUCCUGCAGUGACACACAGCUUAUUUCCAUGUUGAUUUUCCUUCUGUCUUCUGCAUUUACUCUUCCUCCUUUUGUCCUGACAGUGAUGUCCUAUAUCUGCAUCAUUUCCAAAAUUUUGAGAAUUCCCUCUGUAACAGGAAGGCAAAAAACCUUCUCUACCUGUUCCUCUCAUCUCAUUGUUGUCACAAUUUUCUAUGGGACUCUCAUGAUCGUGUAUAUCUUACCUGAAUCCAAGGAGCUAAUGAAUCUGAACAAAGUUUUGUCUGUUUUCUACACUAUUUUGACACCGUUGUUGAACCCGCUUAUCUAUAGUCUCAGAAAUCAAGAGGUCAAGAAGCCUUAA